AACGAGCGCCGGCAAUACAAGACGAAAUCGCGGCCAGCGGCUGUCGACGUGAAGUGGCACCGUUACAUGCGUACACUGCGGCGGCAGCACGAAAAACGGUAGGCGCGUGCCGCUGUUGGCUAAUGUGGCCGACGUGUGCUUGACGUUCGGCGACAAGACCAUACGCCGUCGAGUGCUGUCCGUACGGCCGCUCGCAUCACUCGCGUUUUUAAACGGUUUGACGCGCCGCGGCCACCAGCCCGCAGCCACCCUCCGGCGUCAACGGCGACGAUCACGACCGGUGGUGACCGCGGACGCCACUCGCGCGCCGUAACCACCGGCGAGCGUUUACCGAAGACGAUCCGCCGCCACAUGAAAAGCCGAACGUGUCCGUUUUCGACCAUGUCCCUGCACUAGACGAGAUUCGUGCUGGCGGCUCAAUUGGCGCUCUAAAAAUAAUAAAUAUAUUCAUUAACAAUUUUAAGAUAUUUCUUACAUAGCCAUGUCUGGGUGUCAAUGACCAUGGAGAACUGUGCGGAACUAUUAGAUCAAACUCAGAAGUAUUGUUACUUCCGAAAGGAUGUACAUUUUUGGGCCCAACAGGCGUUACUUCCGGCAGUAGUCGCCAUAGGAUUGGUGGGCAAUAUGCUGUCUGUGGUUGUGCUGACAAGAGAGCCAAUGAAAAGCUCAACCAGCACGUACCUGACAGCUUUGGCUGUUUCCGAUCUGUUCUACCUUCUCUUUGUGUUUACCAUAUCGUUUGAAAACUACUCUUGGAUAGUAGAUGCUGACUAUUACAUCUACUGGAAGUGGUAUCCGUACGGUCUGUGGUUAACAGAUGCUGCUAGUAACACUUCAGUGCUUCUGAUUGUGUCAUUCACGGUGGAACGUUACAUAGCUGUGUGUCAUCCCUUAAGAGGUCGUGUUCUGUGCACCGAAUCACGGGCCAAGAGAGUCAUUCUGUUCGUGGCUAUAUUUUGCAUAGCUUGCACGGCCACUACACCCCACGAGUGGCACAUAUGGCUUAAUCCGGAUACGAAUAAAUUCCAAAAAAGUAGCACUGAGUUGGGUCGAAACGAUACCUACAGAAAGGCGUACAAUUGGUUUUGCACGGCGACUUUCAUAUGUGUGCCGCUGCUCGUGUUAGCCGUACUUAAUUGGUUCCUAAUAAAUGCGGUAAAUCAGAGCCGUAGGAACCGAACUCGACUCACCUGUCAGGGCAAUGUGGUAUGGAACAGACAGAGGCAAGAAAAUAAAAUGACGAUGACUCUGAUCGCUGUUGUCAUCAUGUUCUGCGUAUGCCAAACGCCAACGGCCGUCAUGAUGUUGGUGGCGUCCAUGUACGAGCCACCGGAAAAAUCGGCUGCGUACUACGUAAACCGUAGUUUGCACACUAUAUUCAACUUCCUCAUGGUGGUCAACGCCGCCUCUAACUUCAUAUUGUACUGCGCUAUGAGCCGCAAAUACCGGCGCACUCUUAUGAUAACGUUCCUACCGUACUUCGCAGCACGGCACACUCGCACGACAACUCUUCAAUCAUCCGUGAGUUGUCCGAGGUCCGCCACCGUCUAUCGCCACAACACUGAAAUGACGCAGAUGACCGAUUUGAGCGGUUACGGCAAACGCGAUCCUCUCCUGUGCAUUGAAGCCGAUGGCCGCAAAAACAGCACGUCAAGCAAAUCCGACAUCGUAUAAAUCGUUUAUCGGCAGCGCAUUAGCUUCAUCUCCUUUACCGCGACCGUUCGCCGUUUCCUCGUCCUGUCUAUUCUUUCUACGCCCUACUCGAACGUCAACUGAUAAGACGAUCGAAUCACGUGUUCAACGCACGCGACAACCGCGUCCAAAGGUAGUGCAUUGAACCGUCACGGCGUUUGGUAACAUUUCAACGGAAAACGUUUUUCCAAAGGCGUUACAGUCUAAAUUACAACCGCCCAAAAUUUAAAUACUAUUCAAUGCUAUUAUACAUACUAUCUAAACACCAUUGUGGAUAUUGUCCAACACGACGUACUCGAUUUAAAAAUCAUUUCGAUGUUAUUAUUGUGUAAAGAGUUUUUUUUAUAUAUAUAUACAAAUUCUCGUCCUUCCCGUUUUGCAAGUAUGUGUGUGUGAAAGUUGUUAAAUUUUAAAACAAUUGAAAUUAGUUAUUAAUUAUUGUCCUACGCUCCAGUAAGCUUAAAAUAAAAAUUCCAAAGCUUGUUUUAAUAAUAUAUAUAACGGAACAUUAAUAUUAAAAAAAACUUUUGUUGAGUUUACAUCAGUUUCAUUCUCACCGAACCAUUUGGUAGGGGUGGGGGUAGCUUAACCCGAAAUAGUCGGAUCUGGAAUUGUAUACUUAUAUUUGUUUGCAGUGUAUAUGUGUGUUAGAGUGGACUAUAUUUUAAUUUUAAUAUCUGGCAACAUAAAACGUAAGGCGACAAUGUUUUCUGUAUGCCAUUUCAGUGCCGGUAUUUCGCUAUUUUUACAAUGCACUGCGGCAAAGGGACGAUGAAAAAAAUGACAGCCGUCAUACUAUUCCGUAUGCUUACUUAAGAGCAAUAUUUAUUUUUCUGGUCCGCCCCCUACAGUGUAACUCAACCUAACCGUAGGAAUAAUGAAUUUUUUUUCAUACAUUAAUUAUAUCAGUGAUAUCUUGAUUGUAAAUUGAAGGGUAUUUUUUCAAACGUAUUAGUUUCAUUUUUUUAAUUAUAAAGGACACCUAAUCUAAAUAAAUAUAUUAUAUUUAAAAUAGCAAGAAAAAUGUACAUUUUGUGUUAUUUUAAAAAAUUAUUUGUAAAAUAGGCAUUUUACAAAUAAUUUUUUUUUUAUGGAAAUAAUUUGCAAAUACUAAUUUCUGAAAUCAUUAUUAAAUUCCGCACGAUUUGUUCUAGAAGAAUUGAUAAUUUACCCAAUAUUGACUUUUUUGGAAAGUUACCCUUCAAUUGUGUUUUUAUUUUCUGAUAAUCAUGAAAAGAUUUAGUGAAAUAAAAGCUUAUUAAUAUUAUAAAUGACCAAGUUACCAAUUGGAAUUAUAAGUUUUUUGAUUUAUAAUUUUAAUUACUGAACAUUAAUAUAAAAAAUGUUAUAGACAAAUAGCUCAUUAAAUUAAUUAACUAUUGUUUUAUAUAAAUUACAGGAGUUGAUUGUUGUAUAAAAUUUAUAACUAUUUGACCAACACUUGGUCUUGGUUCUACCAUUAUACCUGGUUAUGCCAAUUAUAAUUUUUAAUUGUAUUGAUACCUAAUACAUACUAUAUUGAGUUCUAAGUUCCUGUAUUAAAAUUUGCAUUUAAAAAUCAUAUUAAAGAUAUUUACAUAAAUAUCACAGUUUGAGACAUAAUUAUACUUCCUACAAAUCAUGUUUUAAUAAUUAUCUUAUUUAAAAUAAUAUUUGAUAAUUGUAGUGUAAAAUAAUAUAUAAUAAAAUUUUAUCGGAAAAGUGAACGUGUCAUACAUUUCGAGUCCCCUCAACUGUUGCAAUAUGCAAUUGUAUAUUGUUUAGUUAAAACUCGUGGUUUUUAAUAAUUAUACUUCUUAAGUUUAAGAAAUGUUGUUCCUUAGUAACUUUCUAUGUAACCAAUGUAUGUCUUCAGUAAUAAAUUUAAUUAAAAAAUUACAACUAUGUCAGGUAAUAAUUUAUACUUGCCUAUAGAUACAUACGAACAAACUUAAAAUCCAAAUAUUUUUUAUAAACAAUAUAUUUUAUUUUAUCAUAAUAAUCGACGCACUAAAUGUAAACACCACUGAAAACUAAUUUUUAACUUAUGGCAAAAAAUCCGUCUCAAUUUU